AUGAAUAUCCCCCGUCUAGAGCUUUGCGCCGCUAGUGUUCUCACGAAACUUUUUAUCAAGGUUAGAAACGUCUUAGACUUCCCCAUACAUAAAGUUACCUUUUGGUCCGAUUCAGUCAUAGCCCUGUGUUGGCUUAAAAAGGCGCCUCAUCUCCUGAGACCAUUCGAGUCCAACCGAGUGGCCGAGAUUCAAAAAAUGGAUGAUCAAGUCAGUUGGUAUCAUGUUCCGUCUGGAGAUAAUCCUGCAGAUUCACUGUCCAGAGGGCAACUUCCUGAGGAAUUCAUGAAAAACCCACUUUGGAACUCCGGUCCAAAGUGGUUGUUAUUUUCAGAUACUGAGUGGCCAAAACAACCUGAGCAGUUACUACCAUCUGGAUCUACCAGCGGAAAAGAGACUUGUUUACUCUCAUCAACCUCUAAUGAUAUUUCAUUCAUUUAUUCCCGUUUUUCGUCCUUUAAGCACUUGAUCAAAGUCGUAGCUUUCAUGUUACGAUGGAAGAAUCUUAAAUCAUUGGAUGAACGGCGAGGUGAAUUGCGGCCUCUAGAAAUCAGCGAAUUAGAGACUGCCGAACGGAAAAUUGUAGCCAUGAUUCAACGAGAACGCUUCCCUAAAGAGCUGAAACUUCUUGCGACGGCUGAGGAGAGUAAAGGGGACGAUAAUUCAGUUCCUUUCCGUAAGGCAACUAGUCUGGAUGAGUUGAACCCUUUUCUUGAUGAACAUGACAUGAUUAGAGUAGGUGGUCGUCUUAAAAGGUCCGAUCUAAUUUAUACUCAACGUCAUCCAGUCUUGUUGCCUAGUCGACAUCAUGUUACCGAUCUCAUCAUUAGGGAUACUCAUGACUCCAAUUUGCAUGCUGGGAUCCAAGCUACAUUAUACAUCAUCCGUCAACGUUAUUGA